AUGGAGCCCGGCGGGGACCACCGGAGCCGGAGCGGCGGCGGCAGGGGCGGCCCCGGGCCAGCAGUGGCCUCGGCACGGGGCCGACGGCUGCCGCCCGCCGGGUCGAGCGGCGGCGCGGACCCGGAGGAGGACGAUGGCGGGCAAGAUCUUCAGCUGGAAGGGGGUGCCUUGGGGUCCUGGGGGCGCGCCCCCCCGCCCUCGUCUAGGGCUAGGGCACCCGCAUCCUCAGGCAGGAAAUACUCAGACCACUGCGAGGCCCGGGCCUCGAGGCCUGGCAAGAGCCGCAUCCCGGGCCGCGACCACCGGCGCUACUACCACGACCACUGGCGGCUGGAGUACCUGAUGGACUUCAACCCCGCGCGGCACGGCAUGGUGUGCAUGGUGUGCGGCAGCUCCCUGGCCACCCUCAAGCUCAGCACCAUCAAGCGGCACAUUCGGCAGAAGCACCCCUACUCCCUGCACUGGAGCCCCCGCGAGAAGGAGGUCAUCAGUAACAGCUGGGAUGCCCACCUGGGGCUGGGGGCCUGCGGCGAAGCCGAGGGCCUGGGGGCCCCGGGGCCAGAGGAGGAGGAGGAGGAGGAGGAGGAAGAGGAGGAGGAGGGGGCCAGCCUCCAAGCUUGCCCACCCAAGGGCCCAGGCAAAGCCCCAGCCGGUGGGGGCUGCGGGCGCCAGCGGCGUGGGCGCCUCUCGGCCUCCCGGAGGCCCGGGGGCAGCAGGGGGCUGGGGGCCCGGCGCCUGGAGCGGACGCUGAAGGAGUCCCUGCAGAACUGGUUCCGGGCCGAGUGUCUCAUGGACUACGACCCGCGGGGGAACCGGCUGGUGUGCAUGGCCUGUGGCCGCGCACUGCCCAGCCUGCACCUAGAGGACAUCCGGGCCCACGUGCUGGAGGCCCACCCCAGCUCGCUGGGGCUCAGCGGCGCCCAGCGCAGCGCCCUGCUGCAGGCCUGGCGGGGCCGGCCCGAGGCGCUGUCUGAGCUCACCCAGCCCCCAGCAGGCGAUGACCUCGCUCCCCGGGACCUGACCAGAAAGAGCCGGCACUCGGCCUCCUCUCAGGAUCUCAGCCCCCCCGACGUAAAGGAAGAGGCUGGCUGGGCCCCUGAGAGGCCCGGGCCCGCAGAGGAGGCGCUGGAGGAGGAGGGCGAGGGCGAGGGGUUGGGGGGCCGCCGCCGCCGGCAGGAGCGCUGGCGGCUGGAGUACCUCCUGGAGCUGGACGGCGGCCGGCGCGGCCUCGUGUGCCUGGCGUGCGGGGGCGCGCUGGCCUCGCUCAAGAUGAGCACGAUCCAGCGCCACAUCCGCCGGCGCCACCCGGGCUCCUCGCGCCUCGGCGGGCCCGCGCAGGCCCUCGUCGCCCAGGAGUGCAGCGAGAAGGCCGCCCGCCUGCUGGCCUCGGGGCUGCGCUGCCCCGAGUCCCCUCGGGGCCCUGCCGCCCCCCGCACAGCCGCAGCCUCCGAGGAGGGGGGAGGGGAAGAGGAGAAGCAGCCAGAGGAGGAGUGGUGGG